UCGCGCAGGUUUCGCAAACAUCUUGCAGUGUUGUGACGGUUGCUAUUGAGUGAACACGUUGAGUGCUGUGCGCAAUUUUGAACCUUCGAAAGUGAUGUGUAUACACGAAAGGGCUUAAACAACAAAGAUUGAAACUUCAAAAUGGGGAAAGAAGAAAAAAGAUCCACCAUUAUAUUGGAUAAUUUUCAUUCAACGGCGGAUCUAGCCGGUAAUCCAGGAUUUCAGUCUACAUUGAGUUUGGGCUCAAAAGAAGUCAUAAAUGAAAAGGAAUACAACCCUUUUGAGCACAGAAAUGUUGCGCAUCCCAAUUCGACCAUUGGAUCCUUGGUGCAUUUGCUGAAAUCCUCCCUCGGUUCCGGCAUCCUGGCGAUGCCGAACGCUUUCAAAAACGCGGGCCUGGCGGCUGGCGCCCUCGGCACUAUAAUCGUUGGGUUCAUCUGUACACACUGUGUUUAUGUAUUGGUGCGGACGUCUCAAGAAGUAUGCGUGGACGCAAAGAAGCCCUCCAUGGGGUUCGCGGAGACGUGCGGCGCCGCGUUCCAAUACGGACCGAAGAAGUUGCGGCCGUGGGCUGGUUUCGUCAAGACGGUUGUGGACUACGCCUUGACUGUGACAUACCUUGCGGCGCUCUGUGUCUACAUUGUGUUUAUUGCUGAAAAUUUCAAAGAGGUACUAGACGAGUACAUGCCAGAUUAUAAGCUGUCGGUAGAAACGUACUGCGCUCUGACCCUCGUCCCCUUAGUCCUGAUCUGCCAAAUCAGGAACCUGAAGUGGCUGGUACCUUUCUCGGCCGUCGCCAACGUGCUGCUGGUCAUCUGCUUUGCUAUCACUAUGUACUACAUCUUCAGCGAUCUGCCCAACCCUAAGGAGCGGAUCAUGGUAGCAAGGGUUACCCAGUGGCCGUUGUUCAUUAGUACAGUGAUAUUUGCGAUGGAAGGCAUCGGGGUGGUCAUGCCCGUAGAAAACGAGAUGGCGAAGCCGCAACAGUUCCUCGGCUGCCCGGGCGUGCUCAAUGUUGCCAUGACUAUUGUCAUUUCCCUGUACGGCAUCGUCGGGUUCUUUGGUUACAUCAAAUAUGGCGACGAAGUGAGAGGAAGUAUUACGUUGAACUUGCCGCAGGAUGAAGUAUUGGCACAGAGCGCGAAGAUCCUCAUGGCUCUGGCUAUCCUUUUCACAUACAGUCUUCAGUUAUAUGUACCCAUGGAGAUGAUCUGGAGAGUGAUCCACAACAAAAUAUCCGUCAGAUAUCAUAACAUCACGCAAAUCUUCAUCCGGACUGCUGCUGUCGUUGGCUCAGUUGCCUUAGCAGCAGCCUUCCCAAAUCUGGAGCUCUUCAUCAGCCUCUGCGGCGCCAUCUUUCUGUCUACCCUCGGUCUCCUGACGCCAGCCAUCGUGGACACCGUGCACAACUGGGACCGAGGACUUGGCAGAUUCAACUGGAUGUUAUGGAAAAAUAUUUUCAUUGGCAUGAUAUCCCUAGUGGCUUUGUUCGCUGGUUCUUAUAAGAGUAUCAGCGAUAUGGUCGCUAAAUAUGGACAGAGUGAGCACUUGGAAAUGAAUAUGAAUUUAAAUGUGACCAGUGUUAAUGGGACUUGGGUCUCAUAAAACUAUGAAAAGUAGGUACGGUCGAAGAAUGUUGUCAUGUGACAAUAAUAUGCGAUCCUUAUCACCUGUCAUAUUUAUUUUCAGUGUGAAAAUGUACGAAAUGAAACAUAAAUUGAAUUCCUUGACUGUAUUUGUUUGAUGUGGAUGAAAAUGUAAAGAUAAUAUGGGCGUGUGUAGAUUAUUUUAAAAACACAUUUCCCGCUGAGCUAACAAUUUCCAAGUUUAACCGACACUAAGACGGUUACAUUAUAUUAAAUCGAAUGGAUAUGAAUUGGAAGAGAUGAUCCGCUGUCUGUUAUGCUUAUUUUGUUAUAACCUCUUAAUUUUCAUAAUUCAAUGCAAUAUAAAGCGAAGCGAGCGUAUAAGUAAAUUUGUAAAGGCGUAAAUAUUUAAACACAUUAAUGAUAUACAGGGUGACUUCAAAUUGGUAAUACAAAACACUUGAUUGUGGCUCAGUUAAUACCCAAUAUUAUACUACAGUAACUCCGUUGUUAAAAUUAGCUGUAUUUAAUUAUCGCUAAUUUUCUAAUAAAACAAAUAAUUAAAGU